CACAACCACCACCAAGACUGGGACUGGAGGUGGGAGGAUCGAGGGGUGUAUGUGACACAGCCUUACUCCAUGGAGGUGAAGGCACAAGUAUGUGGUAACCACCAGAUAUCUCGGAUCGUCUCCCACACUGACCCACUCAACGUGACCCUGACUGAUGAUGCCAUGUCUGCCCAGGUGAGCCAGGACGGAGGGUUCAGCUGCGACCACGGCUGGAGCAUGCUGGUGUACUACAGGAGUGCCUAACGGCCCCACCUGUUGCGGGAGACCGGUGAACGCUCUGCCACUGGGAUCAUGAAGGAUGACCUGCUCAUGCUGAACCUCUUCCCAGAGGUGCCCACCAACACCUACUCCAGCAGGAAUGAGAUUAUCUUUGUCAUCGACCGCUCAGGAAGCAUGCAUGGGGAAAAGAUAGAGAGUGCCCGGGCAACACUUCUUCUGUUCCUGAAGAGUCUGCCUCUGGGUUGCCUCUUCAACAUUGUCAGCUUCGGCUCAUCCUUCUCAGUGCUCUUCAAGAAGUGAGUGGUCCAGACUGGGUUAGGAUAAGUGAGAGGUCAUUCUUCCUCUUCCUCCUAUAUUUAUCUUGUCUCAUCUUUCU